AUGACGCUGAGAGACACGGAUUACUCGCUCGCAAUGCAGUAAGUUCCCAGGGAAAUCGGAAUUAUUCGAGGUCAAGCCAAAACAACGACCCCAAAUUGUGAGAACGCAACGCAAUGUUUCGAAACAAAAUUGCAUGAAAGGAAAGAGAUGGAUGACGCUGUAGGAAUGAGUCCCAAAGAUCCUACAAUGCGCUUACUGGACCUUCCUACGGAGUACACAAUGUCGUCGGGAAGAGAAGCCGCUUGA